AUGGUUCAGUCACCGAUGAUCUCAUGUCCGCUGAAGCAGACCAACGAAAUUGAUUGGAUCCGGCCUCUCAAAGACUACAUCCGCCAAAGCUAUGGUGAAGACCCGGAAAGGUACGGCCAAGAAUGCGCAACGCUCAACCGCUUGCGACAGGAUAUGAGGGGCGCGGGGAAAGACAGCGCGACAGGGCGCGACUUGCUGUAUCGGUAUUAUGGACAGCUAGAGCUCUUAGAUCUCAGGUUUCCUGUCGAUGAGAAUCACAUCAAAAUAUCCUUCACUUGGUACGACGCUUUCACACAUAAACCCACCUCUCAGUACUCCCUAGCCUUCGAGAAGGCCUCGAUAAUUUUCAAUAUAUCUGCUGUUCUAUCCUGUCAUGCUGCGGAUCAGAACCGCGCAGAGGAUGCGGGCUUGAAAACUGCCUACCACUCCUUCCAGGCAGCGGCGGGAAUGUUCACCUAUAUCAAUGAGAACUUUCUACACGCGCCGUCGACCGACCUGAACAGGGAGACUGUCAAGACUUUAAUCAAUGUCACCCUGGGUCAGGGUCAAGAAGUCUUCCUCGAGAAACAAGUGGCUGACGAUAAGAAGGCUGGGUUUCUUGCAAAACUCGCCAGCCAAGCAGCCUAUCUAUACUCACAGGCAGUGGAGGGGAUGCAAGAGUAUGCCAAGGGUGUCUUUGAGAAGGUCUGGGUGAUAGUGGUUCAAGCCAAAGCGGCACAUAUGACCUCGGUGGCGUCUUAUUAUCAAGCCUUGGCUGACAGUGAGAGUGGAUCGCAUGGUGUGGCCAUUGCUAGGCUUCAGUUAGCUGAGAAGAACUCAACCGCUGCAUUGGGGUGGGCCAAGUCGUUCCCAUCAUCCGUACCUCCCAAUUCAAACCUGAGCGCCGAGUCUGGGUCCAAUCUAUUGGAUAUCAUCAAAUAUCACCUUGCAACUGUCCAGGCCAAGCUCUUGACAUUUUCCAAAGACAACGAUUUUAUAUACCACCAACCGGUCCCGAACGAAGCUGGCCUGUCUGCUGUUGCAAAGCUGCCUGCAGCAAAAGCUAUUCCAGUCAGCGAACUCUAUCAGGGCCAGGAUAUCCAGCGUAUCAUCGGACCGGAUAUCUUCCAGAAACUCGUACCUAUGUCUGUUACGGAAACAGCCAGCCUCUAUGAUGAGGAGAAGGCUAAGUUGAUUCGGGCGGAAACAGAGAAAGUCGAAACCGCGAAUGGUGAAAUGGCCGCGAGUUUAGAUUACCUGAAAUUACCUGGAAGCUUGAACGUCCUCAAGGGCGGUAUGGACCAGGAAAUGGUGGUUGAUGAUGAGUUCCGACGAUGGUGUCAAGAACUUGCAGGACAUCAGUCUUUCACUAAAGCCUUUGACAGUUUGCAAGAGCGCAAAUCAGAAGUGCUAGCUCAGCUAGAGCAGUGCUCUAAGCAGCUUGAUCUGGAGGAAAGUGUAUGUGAAAAGAUGCGCUCUAAGUACGGGCCGGACUGGAGUCAGCAGCCUAGCGCAAGACUCAAUACAACGCUACGUGGUGAUGUACGGACAUACCGUGACACCAUCAAUGAAGCCAGUGCUAGCGACUCCCAGCUUCUCUCUACAUUCCGACAAUACGAGGCAGACUUUGACGAGAUGCGGUCUGCGGGAGAAACAGAUGAGGCCGAUGUACUGUUUCAGCGGGCCAUGAUCAAGGCUGGGUCUAAGUUUGGCAAAGGCAAGAAUGGCCACGGUAGCCCCUACGCACCAACUUCGGAAGGAAGCCUGAUAGACGAUGUUUACGACGAGGGGAGUCGCACGGUAGCAGAACAGAUUGCCAUGGUUGAGUCGAUUCUGAAGAAAUUGAAUCUGCUCAAACGAGAACGGUCCCAGGUUCUAAAGGACCUCAAAGAGAAGGUUCACAAUGAUGACAUAUCAAACGUACUGAUACUGAACAAAAAGUCCAUUGCUGGGCAGGAGGCGCAGCUUUUUGAAGCAGAAUUGGAAAAGUUCCGUCCUCAUCAAAACCGACUGCUUCAAGCCAACCAUAAACAAGCCUCGCUAAUGAAGGAGCUCACUAAAAUUUAUGGCGACUUGCUGCAGGACAAGCGAGUGCGAGCCGAGCAGUCGAAAUAUGAAAGCAUAAACCGUCAAAGAAAUGCGGUCAUGGCACGAUACAAAAAGGUAUACGACUCGUUCAACGGUCUGCUAUCAGGCAUCAGGCAAGCGCAGACCUUCUACACUGAAAUGAGUGAGACGGUAGAAAGUCUGAAGAAGAAUGUGGAGACUUUCAUCAACAAUCGGAGGUCUGAAGGCGCCCAACUUCUAGGCCAGAUUGAACGCGAGAAGGCGACCAAUGCGUCAGAACAGGAGGACCGCGAACGGGAAAAACUUAGGCAGUUGAUGGAGCGUCUCUCUACAGAGCCUAAGCCGUCUCCUUCCUCCUCAUCUUCGGGGGUUCCCUCAAAGGUCAAGUCUCCUCCACCUCCCGUCCAGACACCCGGCUAUCCGGGUCCUGGGAUAUCUUCCCCAAAGAUGUCACCGCGUUAUCCUCCCGUCGCAGGACAGUCACAUGGUGUCCCCCUCUCUCAUUCUCCAGCACCUUAUAGCCAAUACAUGAGCCCAGGGACAGGCGCAUCGUACGUACCGGGGCAGCCCUUCCAACAGGGCGCAGCAGCGCCGUUAACUGAGAGCUACAAUCCCAUGGCUUAUCCAUUUCCCGCAUCCGCCUCUCCCCCUCCCACUCAGCAAUACUUCUCGUCAACACCUACCCCGUACAGCGGCUACUCUAAUCCAACCCCACCCACCGCUCCCUCUCAAUUUAUGCCCCAGGGAUACGUCCCUCCUCCCCCGCCACCGCGUCCCCAGCAAGCUACGUAUCCUUCAUCCACGGGACCCUUUCCGUCUGGUCCUGGUGGGUACGCUCAAACCCGACCGCACGGCUCGAGCCAGCAUCACAAAGCACAGUCGCAAUCAUCACAGUCGCAAAACCAGCCCGCACCCUCCUCAGCUGAUCCUUGGGCUGGUCUCAACGCAUGGAAAUAA